GCCAUGGCUAUGGUCCCUCCCUACUAGUGUGCAUUCGGGUCCCCCCUGACCUCUUGGGGAACUUGGUACAUAAAUCUCGGUACGGUUGACUGGUGAUAACGGAUGACACACGGUCGCGUAUGCUAACAGCAUCUAGCGUCAAGGACUGGCUUCACGGUAUUAUCCAUGAAUUCCCUGAAGGGGGCGACUACGCCGAGGCCGAGGCCGACACCCCUGCGGAAGCCCUGCGAUCAGUUUAUCAUGCGGUGACCUGGCAAAAGUCGUUGGGAGGUGCUGGGAUUACCCCCAAGUUGGGUCAGUGGAAGAACAUCACAGCGGCUAUUCCUCUGCAGGACCGCGCCGCCAAUGCGGAGCUGCUGCGGAAAUGGAGUCGCACCAUUUUCUUGACCACCGAGGAUCUCGAUGCCAUUCGCGCAUUGUUUGGUGAAAAGGUCGCUUUCUACUUCGCCUUCAUUCACUGCUACUCCUGUUUCUUGAUCUUUCCGGCCGCCUGGGGCAUAUUCUGUUGGUUCUAUCUGGGCCCCUAUUCAGUUACGUGUGCGGUGGUUACCUGCAUUUGGGGUAUCGUGUUUAUCGAAUACUGGAAGACUCGCGAGCUGGACCUGAGCCUGCGUUGGAAUGUUCGAGAUGUAGGCUUUCUGAAGGUGAACCGACCGGAGUGGGUUUGGGACAGAGAAAUCCAGAACCCGCACACCGGGGAAACCAUCCGCGUGUUUUCCGCUCAUCGACAGUUCCUUCGCCAGCUGCUACUGAUCCCCUUUGCGACCGUGGCAAGUGUGGCUUUGGGUACCUUAAUCAUUGUGACCUUCGCCCUGGAGAUUUUGGUGUCGGAAGUGUACAAUGGUCCAAUGAAGGGAUAUCUGGAGUUCCUUCCCACCGUUCUAUUUUCACUCUCGCUACCUUCCAUCACCAAUUUAUUGACGGAGUUUGCGAAGCGGUUGACCGACUACGAGAACUACCGCACGCAGGAUCAAUACGAUCUGGCUCAGACGGCCAAGACAUUCGUGAUGCACUUUAUUACGGCCUUUUUGCCCACCCUACUGACCGCAUUUGCGUACGUCCCAUUCGGAGGCAAGAUUGCGCCCUAUCUCGACGCGCUUCGGGAACGUGGUCUACUUUCAGCCAACCUGGCUCGAGAGAUCCAUAUCGACACUUCCCGCCUGCAGCAGGAAGUGAUUUAUCUGUCCAUGACCGCCCAGGUUCUGAACUUCGGGGAAGAGAUCGUACUUCCUUAUGUGAAACAAACCCUGAUGCAUAAGUGGCGUGACUGGCGCGAAGGUCGGGACUCGUCGCGUCAUCCCCGCCGUUAUUCGCAACGGACCGACCAACUCCUAGUCGAUGCCCCGGAAGAAGCCUCGUUCCUCUCGCGUGUCCGUGACGAACUCGAUGCGGAUGAGUACAAUGUCCACGAUGAUAUUCUGGAGAUGUGCGUCCAGUUUGGAUCUUUGGCCCUGUUCGGUGUUGCAUGGCCCUUGGUAUCCCUGGGAUUCUUGGUCAACAACUGGCUGGAACUGCGUGGGGAUUUCUUCAAACUCAGUCUGGAGUGUCAGCGACCCGCUCCCAUCCGCGCUGAUUCAAUCGGCCCAUCGCUCAUGGGCCUGGAGGUGCUCAGCUGGCUCGGUACAUUGUCGACGGCCGCCAUCGUGUACUUGUACCACGAUGGACUGGAGGAAAUCCACCUGUCCUCUCUCCUUCUGACUCUCCUCCUUGCCGAAUGGGCCUAUGUCGCGGUCCGCUUCAUUGUGCGGAGCGGACUUGAAAGGAUCAGCUUCAUCUCACUCCGCCGCGAGGAGUCGAAGCGGUACGCGAUGCGGAAGCGCUACUUGGAGGCCACCUCUGGCCGGGUGUCCCCUCGGGCUAAACCCCGCGUGCGGUUCCAGGACCGCGUGAGUGUUUUCUCGUCAUCCACGGACGUCCCCGGUACCAAGGAAGACUUCCUGCAUCCGGGCCAUGAUGGAAUGGGCCGGGGAGGACGGUUCUGGUCCUGGGCGCCCCAAGAAACAGCGGACGCAGGCGUUCGGCUGAUCAAGGCGCUGAAUGGUAACAUGGACGGCUCGAAGACGGGCCCUGUGAAGGGAGCCAAGGGGGCUUGAUUAGAGCCCCAUCCGCUCAUUGUAUAUUGUCGAUCAUUUGUCUUGUUUUGGAUUCGAACCGUCGCGGGUAGAUGGUCAGCCGAGCCUGCCGGGCGGA